GCAAAAGUGGAAGCCAUGUGCACCUUUUGGGAACUUGCGGCACUGUGGGAAAGUGGCCCUUGUGGCUCUACGGCAGCCUCUAUGUGCUUGCUGUACUCAGGUUUUCCACAUGGGACCACAGUGGCAGGCAGGCAAAGCUGUCAUUGCAAGCCAAGACAGAGAGACUUGGCUACUGGCGCGAGUGGACAGAGGAGAGCCACUGCAUGUCACACUUGCCCUUGUCCAGAGGCAGGGGUUCUUUGUCAUCGCCACGGUUGACAUGCGGUUGUACAUAUCAAUGGAUGCCGGCCAUCAAGUACAGGAGAUCAAAGCUGCUCGGCGAUGGAACGGUCGAGUGACAGCAUUGGCCCUACGAGGCUCACUGCUGGUCAUUGGCCUCGACAGUGGUUGGCUGUGUGUGUACCAAGUACAGGACUUGCUUCUUGAGUUGGAGUCUAGACUGCCAGACUGGAGCCAGCAGCUAGACAAAGACCCAGUCAUAGCUGUUGAUGUAACCAGUGAGCCAGACACCGCAUGGCCGGUGGUGGCAGCUGCCACACGCCAUCAACGGUAUGUGGUCACUUGGCCUUUCCAUUCCGUGUCGAGUGUUGCCUAGUGUUAGUCACGACAUUGUUCCAUGUUGCUAAUUUGUGCACAUAUAUUGUUGUGCAAUAUAAUAUAUAUAUAAUUUGUGCAUAUAUAUUGUAUACCACGAAGCCAUCUAGGAGAGGCUUUCAGUGUUUUUUUUUUUUUUAUGUGCAAAUGUACAGCAGUGUUAUGCAAUACUGCAGUUGCAGUUUAUCACACUACGAGACACUAUGAUGUAUAAUGUAGUUGGUGGCUGCAACAGUGCUGCUGGACAAGGUUUUAAAAAAUGAAGUGCAUACCACACGGCACUGCACCACGUGGUGUCCCCUUCUUUUUCUUUUUUUUUUAGUCCUUGUCCAGUCACUGUUGCAGUCAUGCAACAGUGUGACCAGCUUGCCUGAUUUUUCGUCCUGCAUAACUCAGUUUAGCCAUAACGUUGGUGCAAGUAUUGGCUGUUGUCAAAAAUGCUGUGUAGGUAUUGCCUAGCAUUAGUGCUUCCACUUUGCAGUGCUAUGCUUGCGUUUAAAUUCUUGUAAAAUGUGUAUUUCAUGCUGCUGCUGUUUUGAGCAAUAAGAUUAAAUGAAAUUUAGCCACGA